AUACUAAAACGAGAUUCAUUAUAUUUUGAGAGAAGAAAAAAAGAUGGGGUUCAUCAAAAUGUUUCAGAAGAUGAGGAAUGAAUUAUCCAACUGGGCGUCUUAUAACAUCUGUUUCUCCAAAGCUGCUUUAUUUAUCUCAGGUUUAGUUUUCAGUCAUUCGUUUGUAGAAAAAGCUUUCUUUUCUGUGUUGAUAUCAUUCGUCACAAGUAGCUGGGAAACUUAUCAUCUCCCCAAAGCAGCGGCCAUUGUCAAUGCCCAAGAAGGUGUAUCCAUACUCUUUGCACUUGUCAUCGCCUAUGUUGCCGACGAAUGGUUAGGCCGGUUCAAGGUCGUUGGUUACACCACUGCAGCUUUCAUCACUGGAUUAGUGAUGUUAUGUUUUCACACUGGCAGCAGUGGAACAUUUUACAUGGCACUGCUACUAGUAACAGUGGGGAAAGGUGGGCGAAGUCCAACUCUGGAAGCAUUUCUCAGGGACCAAUUUAGUCAGAACCCGAACUCGGAAACGGAAGAGUUGGAAAGGGCGGAGGCUCGGCAACAGUUUUGGUGGCGUACAGCUUGGUUUCUGGGUGCCCUGUUUCCUAUUGUAACAUCAAGCUUCUUGUCACUGAAGCAAACUGUCAUGAUUUCAUCAAUAAUAACGGGAGCGGCUUCUUUGGCCUUUUUGCUAGGCAUCCGAUGUUACAGCAAAGAACCCCCUCGAAGCAAUAUUAGAUUGCAGAUGAACAACCCCAGGAGUCUCUUAAGAUUGGUCCCUCUUUGGAUGAUGUUCCUCGUCUAUUGUCUGGUGGAGUCAGCAGGGAGCACUUUCUUCCUCGAGCAAAGUGACUACCUGGAAGAUGGAAUCGGAAAGGGUUUCAGAAUUCCUCUAACUUUUUUCGUUGUUAUCACUUCCUUAACAAAGUUCACAACUUCCCAGUUGGUGGAUUUUAUUAUAACCUCAAAAUUUUGGAAGGAAAACCAAGCAAGGCGUGCUUUUGUCAUACGAAACGCUAUGGGAAUGGUGGUUUCGUUUUUGUGUUGCAUAGCUGCUUGGCGGGUCGAGGUUCGCAGAUUGAAGUUAAUCAACGAGUAUGGAGUGUCCGACAGCGAGAUUGAGCGGAUUCCGAUGAAUAUCCUAUGGUUGACUCCUCAGUUUGUGCUCUUGGGAUUUACGGGCGGACUCGUUGAGGAAGGGAUGAGGGGCUCUUUCUAUAACCUGGUCCCAGAAUCUAUGAGAUUGUACGAGUUACCAUUCAAUAAAAUGGUGAUGGGAAUGGGUAAAAUUGUUAGUGUAGUAAUUAUAUUUGUUUUCAGAGAAUGGUUUGGAGAGACUAGUGGCGAAAGUCAGCUGGAUCGAUAUUUUCUGAUGUUGGGUGUCAUGAGUAUAGGCUCCUUGCCCUUUCUUACAGUCUUCGCAUACGCAUUUUACUGGAAUUAUACGGCGCCCCAAGGCCAAGAGGAUAAUCUUGUGGAAAUGGAAGAGGGUCUCGCACAAGGGAUUGCAGGCUCCGAUGAACCCUUGGGAGAUCCAUCCUCCGAGACUGAUAAUGAAGCAACCCGAGGAAUCGAACCGUUAACCCGGGAAUCCUCGGGUCAAAUCUCAGAAAAGGGUUAUUUGUUUUCGGAGGGUGAUUCAAUGGCUACUAGACCGAGUCCAUGGAAUAGAGUGAGGGAGUCAUUGAGGAAUCGAAGUUUCGGUCCCAAUAGCAGAUCCUUUAACUGAUCAUGGCCGGUAAGCAUUCGGGCCGGACCCCAUUCAAAUACAGGUGUAGUGUCAUCAGCCAUUACUGUUCCGACAUAGGUUAAUUUGGUGGACCAUGAAAUGCAAGUCAUUCAUAAAUUUGCAAGGGUAGUUCAUCGUUCAAACUCUAAAAAGAAAAGGUUAUUACUAUUGUUAAUGUGCUAGACCCUAAUCUCGGGAAUACAAUAUG